UUCAUUGCAGGUCUGCUGGCAUAUUAAUUUAUUUAAAAAUACGUAGUCUUGUAACUUAAAAUUUCCAGAAGGCUGCGGGUCAUGCAUUUUAUUUAUACCGUGUUAAUACUGCAUCUCCCGUUUUGGGCAUUCGACCAUCUUUGUAGCUCACAAGUUGCACUACUGCCCCCUUCUGGAUCUCUUCAUCUACAAAGUAUGGAUUGAUAAUAGCAAUUUGCCAAGGGAGAAUGAAUUAAAUUAAAAAUACACACUCGUGACAAUAACCGAGGUUUUGGAUUUUGAGAUUUUAUUUUGUGACUCAUGGUCGGGUCUUAAACCUAAAUACAGUAAUUUGACCCUUACUGAGUUUUUACAUAGACUAAAGAACAUCAAAUAACGUAGAUACAUAGUUUACGACUGGCAUUCAAUGAACUGAGCAGAGUAAAAUUUUUACAUGCUUGAUCAAAUCUAAGUUACGUUUUUUUGUGGUGGACAAAAAGGCAGUUGAUUCUUAACUAUUCUUGUUAAGGUUGGUUAAAAUACAAAACAAAUACAAAUUUAGAAGCUAUUGAAAACAUAAGCUUAACUUGCGUAAGUCAGGACUAUGGAAGUGAAUGUACUUAGUGUUAUUUUGUGGUUAUAAUUGAAUUUUCUUAAAAUGGCUGCUUUGCUGAGGCUUGUUACUUUAAGACGAUGAGAAUUAUAUCGGUCUCUAGGUAUAAAUGCUAAACAUGCAAUGUUUGAUUGUAAUAUAAACACCACAUGAUUGAGGUGGUACCAUUAUAAAGUGUUUCAAUGUAACGUCCUGAGUUCCAGCACUUAGAAGCAACAAUGACAUAUAGACAGGUAGUAUUCCACCAUCUUAUCGCGAGAGUUGUCACGUGACAGAGAUAUUCUCUCAAAGACAUAGACCGGUAGUAUUCCACCAUCUUCUCGCGAGAGUUGUCACGUGACAGAGACAUUUUCCAUCAGCGCACAAGUGUAUUGCCAGAAUCUGUUCCCAAACAAACCAAAUCAUUUUCUCCUUGAAACUACGUCCGCGUUCAGAAAGCAGCAGUGCACCGAUUUGAAAAGUCUUAAUCCACUUUUUUAGAUGGGAAAUAAAGAAACUAAAGAAAUUUGGCUGAGUUAAAAAAGAAAACAAGGCUUCCUUGACAGCACUUCAUGACGUUCAGUCGUUUUGGACCACCUUUAGUUUAUGCAGCUUACCCGGGAAGCUCAUAACGACACGUUGAAUAGAGUGAUAAACUUGUUCGAACCGUUAGAAAUAUGGUCAAUUCUUUGGUUUGACCUUAGGCUGAUCAUAACGGUCAAUACCUCAUAUCUUCCUGUCCAGCUACCCUAGUUUUUAUAUGUGCGUCACGUUUCUAUGGUUGCAAAGAUGCGCACUGUAAACAGAAAAACACAAGGUAAUCAGAUCUCCAUGCAUGUUUGAUGUAGCCCGACCAUGGGGGAAGGCGAUGGACAGACGUGUCCAGAUUUAGAGACUGAGCGAAAGAAUGGAACCAAACAGUGGGAGUCUGUGGAGUCUGACACAGAAAGUCUGGCCCAGGAGAAAGCCUAUCAACAGAAGCUACAAUCAUGUCCUGGACAACAUGAUCACGAUGAACACACACAUGCUGAGAACGAAUGUACUGGGAGUUUACAUCAAGGAAAUGGAGAGGAUGACUUUGAGGAAGAGAAUCUCGUUUACGACAGCCUAGAUGAAUCAUCUGAUCCCCGUACACAAAGUGGGCUAUUUACUGAUGACAACUCUGCUCAGUGUGAUGGCUCGAGGAACAACCUAAAGAAAAAUGACAACUCUGCUGAUAGUUCACAAAUAUCUUUUGAAGAAGUCUCUAAAGAAAACAUCACUGAGGAAGUGGAAAUAAAAGGAGGCUAUCGUUAUAUCGUCGUCACCAGUCCAGCUGAUGUGGAGACCCCACAGGUGGGAGUUGAUAACGCCAACCAGCCAUAUCACCUCCACCCAGGUGAAUAUCAAGCUAGCUGUGUGUCUCCCCACAACGACAGCUAUGCUUUACAAGACAAUUCCGAGGGAAAUAUUAGUAAAUCUUCAGUAACUUCAGAAGAGGCACAUGCUGCAGACAAUCAGAAAGAUCCAUCGUACCCAGGAGGAAGAGCUGCCCAGGAAACUGGCCCAUCACUAGUGAUCAUUCCCAAGGGUUCAAACAAGAAGCAGCUGACACAGACUCGACACAUAGUGGAUCGCAACAAAAAAACCCUGGGGCGCACAUUACCCAAGCGUGGCUCUUAUGUACGAAAACACGUACUUAAAAAAAUUCCAGAUGACACCACUGAGGAGCAAGAAUCUUUGGAGGACACCACACCAAAACAAAACCAAAAAGACAAUGCUGAGUCUGAGCAGAAAAUGCAGGACUUCAGGGUGACCAAGACGCAGGAAGCCAAGCUUAAAGAAGAUCAUAACCCAGGAGAACAGCAGCAGCCCCCUUUAGCUCAAGUUAAACGUGGCUCUUCAUUACCGCGGCCAGCUGCUGCAACUCAUCGAAAACCAUCAAAGACAACUUCCUCAAAGUCUUUACCCACCACCAUCAAUGUCAACAUCAGUCUGGACACAUCAUCCCAACUCCUGCCCCUGUUCCAGCAGAAGGACCAGGAUGCCAUCCUUGGCUUGGCUUCUCUUCAUGGUCAUACUCAGCUGAGUCCAGCAUCUGAGUAUCCACAGAGAUCGAUUCCUGGAAAAUUGUCGCACAUUUCUCCAGAAGGGAUGAAUAUGCAGCUUUACCAACAAAAUAAAGAGAGUCACCAUGAACAAACUUUAAGAUUUAAUUCAUUACCGUGGCCAUUAUCCCAAGUGAAAGACCUGCAAACUGAGCAUUUUCCGCUAAGUCUGCCUGACACUCCCAAUACUGGUGCUUCAUCACAGAACCGCUCCUACCCUGUUCUUCCACCCAUAGGAAAGCUACUGACAGCAGACUCCAAGCUGAGCUUUGGUCAGAGUCUGAACACAGCCAACCUCGGUGAUAACAGUGAAUGUGAGAGCUACCUGUUUAGGAUGGAUAAAGAGAAAGAACUGAAAGCUAAGGAGGCCCUCAAGCAACAGAAGGCAGAUUCAAACUUACGAAGCUUUCAUCUUGACCACAAUGCCAUUGAAUACAAAGCUGAGAAAAUGAGACGACAGAGGAUGUAUUCAAACGUGAUCCGCAACAUGAACAAACACCUAAGUAGGAUUCCCUUUCUACCAGCAAAGGACCCAGAAGGCAAUGACAAGAAAGUUCCCAGGAUGAAGGCUUUAGAAUAUGCCAAGACCAUAGCCAAGCCCCGUGCACGUUCUCAAUCAAAGCAAAGUCAGGAACAACACAGUGAAAGUAUCUCCAAGUUUGCUCCUCACCUUCAAGGCCUGGAUGUUUCUGAGCUUACCAGAAUGGAACUCCUUAGAAAACGGCAUGAAGAAGAAAAAAGAGCAGUUGCAUGUUUUAAAAAAUAUACUUUCUAAGGCAAAGUGCAGUUCAAUGGACACUUAAGUAUCAGUCCUUUAAUUUAUUGCAAUACUGCACGUUUGUCACAUCUUGAUAAGUCUUUCUCAUUCAUUCAAACUCGUGGCGUUGGAUUUUUUGGGAAGAAAAUGCAAAAAAGCUCAUUAUUAUGAAUACACACAUCUAUAAACUGACCAGAGAUUUCCUAAGGAAAUUUAUUAUUAGAUAUUUGGAUGUUAUCAUUUCAGGCAAGAUAUAAGUUGGAAAAACAAUAAAGGCAUACUUUUAGUUGCAGGUAAAUUAAAAGAAUACACAAGGGAGCAUAUUACUGACUAAUCUCUAACUGCUGCUGUAGUCUGUAAAAGAAACUUGGUUCCCUUUAAAUAUUAACAAAUGUUGCAGAGCAUGUAUAAGAAGAAAAAGUGCUUUAUUGUAGGUUUCAACCCACUACUGCGCAAAGUACAAAGACUGUACGAAAAAGUAAUAAAAUAAAUAAAAAAAAAAAGAAGACAGAUCCUCUAC